UGUAAAUCUCAUUUGCAGUUCCCAGUUGGUCGAGUUCACCGACUUUUGAAAACGAGGGUUUCUGCAAAUGGAAGGGUUGGAGCAACAGCAGCUGUUUACACUGCAGCAAUAUUAGAGUAUCUGACAGCAGAAGUGCUGGAGUUGGCAGGGAAUGCCAGCAAGGAUCUGAAGGUUAAGCGAAUCACACCAAGGCACCUGCAGCUCGCAAUCCGGGGUGAUGAAGAACUUGACACCCUUAUCAAAGGAACUAUUGCUGGUGGAGGAGUUAUCCCCCACAUUCACAAAUCACUCAUCAACAAAUCCUCCAAGGAGUGAUCGGCGGAAUGAGCUUCCAAAUGUUUUCUUUUUCUUUUUAUCCCUACAGAGAUGAGAGAAAUGUAUGGCAGACUCUGAAAUUUGUGAUGAUAAAGUUGUUUUUUACCUAGUCUUGUGAGGAAAAAUGUUAGUUCCUUUUUCUUUUAGCAGGUAGGUAUGAUAUUUGAAAGCAUGGAUUUUUGUUGUGUAAUCUGAUAUCUCUUCUUUCAUGGUUCUGCAUAAAAUCUGUUCUAUUGAGUUUGAGUAGACA